UGUCAGUUUUUGCCAGCUGUCAAAUAAAUUCUCAUUCUUCCCGUUGCUGCUCGGAUCAAACAAGGGCUUAUAUUUUAGUGCUGGUUGGUGCUAAUUUUCGAUUAUUUCUUGGAAAAAGAAAUAUGCAGGCUGUACGUCCCCUUGCUAAUUUGGCGGUACGCAACGGUGCAUUGCUCACUCGUAGCUACCAUGGCCCCAGCAAUUUCCGCGUGUUUACCAUGAAUGACAUGCCCGUACCGGAGGGAGAUUUCUUCGAAGAACAUCGCCGCAGAAACCGCACUUAUAACGCAGUACUUGGAGCUGGAAUCCUCGUGUUCGGCAUCACCUUCACUAUCGCGAAGGAAUCUGGACUAAUCUAUUUCAACUACUCCCCACCAAAGAGCAUCGAUUAAAAAGUUACAAAUUUUUAUUCGUGUUUAGCAAGCAGCUGAUAGCGCGUUGUAAAUGUAAUAAAUAAUCUCAGUAUCCAGCUCUAAGUGCUUUGUAAAAAUUGGCACCGCUUUGUGAUGGAACACUUGAGUCGGAAGUCGGAAGUGAUAUAUUUUACUUUUUCGCUAUGUGUACAUCUGUGUUCAUCAGUUCUAUUAUUUGCCAAAGCAAGUUUAAAAGAUUGGAUAAUAUCGGAAGUUUCAAUCUCUGUUGCACCCUUAAAUUUAAUAAUUAUUAAAAUGGUAAGUUAGACUGGAAAAAUAUACUGAAUUAACUUGAAUUGCGAAAA